AUGGGCAAUAAAGAGAAGGGCUUAAAGCUCUCACUAAUUACCACUCUUUUGGUGGUAUUAGUGUCACUAAUUAGCUUCCCAUCUCAAGCCACCGCCAACUAUGAAUACUCUUCUCCACCACCGCCCAAGAAGUACUCCCCGCCACCACCCCCGCCCAAAAAACCCUACGUCUACAAAUCGCCUACUCCUCCACCACCUCCGAAGAAACCCUACGUUUACAAAUCACCACCACCUCCUCCCAAAAAACCCUACGUGUACAAGUCACCACCUCCGCCACCACCACCUCCAAAGAAACCUUACGAGUACAAGUCACCACCACCACCUCCGAAGAAACCAUACGAGUACAAAUCACCACCACCUCCGAAGAAACCCUACGUGCACAAGUCACCUCCUCCACCACCACCACCACCUCCAGAAAAGCCCUACAUCUACAAGUCACCACCACCGCCACCUCCCAAGAAACCUUACAUCUACAAGUCACCUCCUCCACCACCACCGCCGGUUUACAAAUACAAAUCUCCUCCUCCUCCUCACUACUGA